CGCUGCCCCCCGCAGGAGGCGGCGCUCGGCCGCUUCUCAUUCAUUGUCUUGACAAGAGCAUCCUCAGCGGGCGCGUCUCCGGCUGCUCAGCUCGAUCCUCCUCUGCCUCCUCUGCCUCCUCCUUCGCCUCCACCUCCAUUUGGGAGGUCACUUUCAGCUCGGCAGCAGGAUGAGCCGGCAGGUGGUCCGCUCUAGCAAGUUCCGCCACGUGUUUGGACAGCCAGCCAAGGCCGACCAGUGCUAUGAGGACGUUCGUGUUUCACAGACCACCUGGGACAGUGGCUUCUGUGCCGUCAACCCCAAGUUUGUGGCCCUGAUCUGUGAGGCCAGUGGGGGAGGAGCCUUCCUGGUGCUGCCCCUGGGCAAGACUGGACGUGUAGACAAGAACAUACCCACAGUUUGUGGCCACACAGCCCCUGUCCUGGACAUUGCCUGGUGUCCGCACAAUGACAAUGUCAUUGCCAGUGGCUCCGAGGACUGCACUGUCAUGGUCUGGGAGAUCCCCGAUGGGGGCUUGACACUGCCUCUGCGGGAGCCAGUUAUUACCCUGGAGGGCCACACCAAGCGUGUGGGCAUUGUGGCCUGGCACCCCACUGCCCAGAACGUGCUGCUAAGUGCAGGUUGCGACAAUGUGAUCCUGGUGUGGGACGUGGGCACUGGGGCAGCUGUGCUGACACUGGGUCCAGAUGUGCACCCAGACACGAUCUACAGUGUGGACUGGAGCCGAGACGGGGCCCUUAUUUGCACCUCCUGCAGAGACAAGCGUGUGCGCAUAAUUGAACCCCGAAAAGGCACUAUUGUAGCUGAGAAAGACCGUCCCCACGAGGGGACCCGACCUGUGCGUGCUGUGUUUGUGUCAGAUGGAAAGAUCCUGACCACAGGCUUCAGCCGCAUGAGUGAGCGGCAGGUGGCGCUAUGGGACACAAAGCGCCUGGAGGAGCCACUGUCCCUGCAGGAGCUGGACACAAGCAGUGGUGUCCUGCUGCCCUUCUUUGACCCCGACACCAACAUUGUCUACCUUUGUGGCAAGGGUGACAGCUCUAUCCGGUAUUUCGAGAUCACCUCUGAGGCCCCAUUCCUGCACUACCUCUCCAUGUUCAGUUCCAAGGAGUCCCAGCGUGGCAUGGGCUACAUGCCCAAACGUGGCCUGGAGGUGAACAAGUGUGAGAUUGCCAGAUUCUACAAGCUGCAUGAACGGAGAUGUGAGCCCAUCGCCAUGACAGUGCCUAGAAAGUCGGACCUGUUCCAGGAAGACCUGUACCCACCCACUGCAGGGCCUGACCCUGCCCUGACAGCUGAGGAGUGGCUGGGGGGUCAGGAUGCUGGGCCCCUCCUCAUUUCCCUUAAGGAUGGCUACAUGCCCCCAAAGAGCCGGGAGCUUAGAGUCAACCGGGGCCUGGACACCGGGCGCAGGAAGACAGCACCAGAAGCCAGUGGCACUCCCAGUUCGGAUGCUGUGUCCCGGCUGGAGGAGGAAAUGAAGAAACUCCAGACCUCUGUGCAGGAGCUACAGAAGCGUUUAGACAGGCUGGAGGAGACAGUCCAGGCCAAGUAGAGGCCCCGGGGCCUUCAGCAAUGCCAGCCAUUCACAACCUUCUAUUUACCCCUCAUUCCUCAGGCCACGUGGCAGAUAAGAAAAAAAUAAUAAAAUGGCUUUAUUUUCUGGUA